AUGAAGCGGACGUGUGUCAAUGAGUCGAUGUGGUGGUACAACUCCUCUUUGUAUUUGGUCGUCGUGGUGUCCUCCUCCUCCGCAAUCAAACUCGGGGAGCACUUUUUACAAAAUUUAAAUCGUUUUUCUAUGUUUGUUGUAGCUCGUUGUGUAGAUGAAGAUGAUGGAAACGAAGAAAGGCGUCCUCCUCUUCGAGAUGCUAUGUAUAAACUUGUGCCAUCCGACAAUAGGAUAGCCAAUUUCAUCAUCCACGUUAGAUUUGUUGCAGUUUUGGUGCUGUCGAGCGUCCGACCACUUUUUUGAACAAUUUGAGUAUUGAUUUUUUUUUUUGACCAUCGUUCCAUUUUACUUACUUUGUUUUUUGCGCUUUUCAACAAAUCAUGUUGAGAUUUUCUACUCUCUGAUUUCGGCCGUGUCCACUCUUUUGGCAAAAAUAAAACGACUUAACCGCGACAAAGUCGACAUCACGUUGCUGCUGUUUCAGAACAUUUUUCGAACUGACGACUUUUUUCGAAAUUUUUUGUUUCCAAACAACUAAAAACAAGCACUGCAGCCACUGCUGGCUCGAUUGCACCAUCACCCGGAG